AUGAGUUCGUCAGCUGCAGUGACUCAAAUAGCGGAAUUAUCUUGGACCGCUGAUGUGCCAAGCGAAGUAAAAGGUCUCCUUGGCUCAUGUGUGGUGAUCCCCUGCUCUUAUAAUUACCCAGAUCCACAAGGGAAGGCCAAAAGCUUCACAGGGAUUUGGUUGACCACUGAGGGGGAUCGAGUCAUCUAUCAUCCAACUGAGUCGAAAAUUGUCAAGCAGUAUCAGAGUCAAACAAAACUUCUUGGAGAUGCCAGCAAGAACUGCUCUCUGAUGAUUGAAAAGCUUCAACAAGAUGACAGAGGACCUUUUUAUUUCAGGAUUGAAAUUGAAGGUUAUGACAGAGCUUCUUACAGAAAUAACAAAGUAAAUGAGGAUGAAAAUGUGUCUGUAUCUUGCUCUGUGUUUCACUCCUGCCCCACAUAUCCGCCUGAUUUCCACUGGAGUCACUCUGGAGAGCAACACCUUCAAACACAGAAGCUUCAAAAUGGCCAGUGUAAAGCAACAUCUACUUUGACCUUUCACUCAAACCACACUGAUCACAACCGACCUUUACAAUGCACAGUUACAUACCACGGAGGAAAGCAUCCAGAAACAUCCAAGACCUUUAAAGUAAAAUUCAACAUGAAGUUGUUUGGUAUUUAG